AUGUCCUCCAUGCGAUUCCUGUGCCAACACUGCCACCAGCCCCUCAAGUCUCGUCAGACCUUGGACACCCUUAGCUUGGUUCCAGGGGGUCCAGGAGCCACCCAGGAGGAUGGUGGCAACUCUAAGGAGCUGGCAGCAAGCCAAGGGGCACAGGCAAGUGCUUCCAGCAGCCCCAGUGAACCCAACAGCAGCAAGUCCCAGGAAAGAGUCAAAUCCUUCACCCUACUGGGCGACUGCAUCUCCGUGAAAACUCUGGACAGCAUUCAGAAGACCUGCGCCUACAUUUUCGACGCCCUCUCAGACCUGGAAGGCGUGGACCACCCCCUUUGUGAGGAGUGCACCCACUGCCUCCUGGAGCAGCUGGACACACAGCUGGCAAGCGCCCAGCGUGACUGCCAGACCUACCAGCGCUGCCUGGAGUUUGGGGGGCCACGCAGUGGGGACGAGAGUUCCACCCUGGAAGCCCAGCUGCAGGACUUGAUGGCGGAGGAGGACAGGCUGGUGCAGGAGUUGGAGCAUCUGGGCAGGAGCCAGGCCGAGGUCGCUGCCCACCUGAGCUCAGCCCAGGCCAAGACCGCAGAGCUGGUCCAGCAGAAGAAGCAGCACCUGAAGGACUUCAGGGCCUCGCAGUGGCAACAGCAGGAACUGCUGGACGAGCUGAGCAGCCUGGACAACCGGCUGAUGUACGCCCAGCAUCAAAUUCGGCAACUGAGGACCACCGACAUCUUCAAUGCCACCUUUGAGAUCUCGGAGGAUGGUCCCGUGGGCGUCAUCAACAGCUUCCGGCUCGGCCGCCUCCCACGGAUCCCCGUGGGCUGGAAUGAGAUCAACGCGGCCUGGGGACAAGCAGCCCUGCUGUUGCUGGCCCUGUCCAAUGCUGUGGGGCUGCAGUUCCAGCGGUACCACUUGGUGGCCUGUGGGAGCCGUUCCUACCUGAAGUCCAGGAUCGGCGAGGGUGAGGAGCUACCCCUGGCCUCUGAUGGGAGGCAAAAUGUCUUUCUGAACAACAAAUUCGACCGCGCCAUGCUGGCCUUCCUAGACUGCCUGCAGCAGUUCCAGCAGGCGGCCAGGCGCGGUGGGCUGUGUGUGCCCUACGAGGUGCACACCAAGGAGGGAUUCCUGGGAGACCCCGCGGACCCCGAGGGGUACUGCUCGGUGCGCACCCACCUCAACACGGAGGAGCAGUGGACCACGGCACUCAGGCGCAUGCUCAGCAACUUGAAGUUUUGCAUGGAGUGGGUCUCUGAAAGGUACCGUCCAAAGUGA